AUGAAGACCCUGAAACCGGCGCCGAAGGAGGGUGGCAACACGAGGACGACGUCCAAAUCGGAGAGAAAGACUCCUCGAGGCAGGACUUCUCGAGCUGUGACGGGGACCAAGCGUGCAAACUCUGCCGAGCCACCGACAGCCCGUGUGUAUACUCUGCCAGACGGCGAGAGGCGAGAAACUAGUAAGAGAGCCAAUCCACGUUCACAUGUCGAGCCAUUUUGGGGGCAGUGGUGGCUAAUAAGUCCUCAAAGUUACUUCCAGAUGCGAGAAGUCACCGAUGCGGCCCUGCAACGACUAUAUUGGGCCUGUCGCAGAAGGACCGGCUUCCCGGGAGACAUUCCCGACGAGUCGAAAGGAGGAGGGGUCUCGACGACCGAUAUCCUGCAGGGACUAGGCCUGUUGACCCCCAACCUCGACGAGCCAAACUUUCUAAGCGGGCCCGAACAGUCGACGACACGGCUGUUCAGUAACAAAACGCCGAUGGUGAUGGUGCAGACGCGAGCCCAAACCACGAACACAAACACUCGCGACUCCGUCGAGGAUAUCGACGAGCACUCCGCCACAUCGGUCGCAUCUACGUCCAGCAGCUCGCCAUCGUCGACGGGACCGACGGUGACGAUGACGACGAGGACCGCGCAAGAGAUGGACAUGAAGACCCAGUUUAAAUUGACCUCGUCGCUGCCUCCCACGGGCAGAUGCGCAUCCUUGAUAAAACGGGCGCCGUCCCACGCCGCCCACGACGACCAGCCCUUCUUCCAGGACCAGUUCAUGGAACCGCGCCUGGAAGUCGACGCCUUUGUCGACAUGAGUCUCUGUACCUCUCCGUCACCACAACCACCACCGUCCCACCUUUACGGUCAGCCAUUGUCAUCAUCAUCCACCAACGUGCCGGUCAUGCCCGCUUUGCCGCAUAUCCCGUACGGGCACCCUCACCACCCGUCGCACGAUCUCGUGUUUGAUAACUAUACUAUCUGUCCCCGUGGGCCGGGUCUAUAG